CUCCACUACCAGUAGUAAUUCAUUUGAUCACGCACACGUUUGGUAUGCAUGCACGCAUGGUGCCUUCAUGAUCUACCCAUUUGUCCCCUCCUCGCUCACCCCUUCCGCUUCUACAACACCAAACACCUUGGUUGUCGUCUUCGUCUGCGUCUAGUUGGCUCUAGCUAGCUACGUACUAUCUUUGUUCUUGUGUGAGGACGUCCAUGGGGCAAGAAGAGGCCUUGCUGUCGGCCACCGUGGCUUUCUCGUGGGAGCACGAGCAGGGCAUGCUGACGCCGGUCUUGGCGCCGGCCAUGGGCGCGCCUGACAUGUCGGAUAGCCCGACGAAGCCACCUGCGCCGGCCACCGUGGUCUUGCCGCGAGAGCACGAGCCAGGCGCGACGAAGCCAUACUCGACGCCAGCCGUGAAACCCCGCGGCGUGCCGGAGAGCGCGAGGAAUGCUCAGGCCCCGACGCGUCGGCUGUCCGUGCCGCCGCCGCCUGGCCGACCUUCCCCCAGGGGCCACUGGCGUGCCGUCCGCCCGGAGGACGACCCGUUCCUAGCAGCGUACCUGGCGUGCACCAAAAGCAGCAACGGCAGUGGCGAAGCCGGGAACAAGAGGACAACAGGCGCGCCAGAGCCAAAGGACCGGCACCAGCGGCGGCUCAGUUGGGGCAGACUGUCCUGCAAGAGGGGCGACGGUGCCGUGGUACAGAGCAUGGUGAGGAUAUCCAAGCUUCCCGAGCUGCAUCCCAGGGAUGCUUGAUUCAAUUAGUUAUGUCCGUUCUAGUCAUCCACUUCUUGGGUAUGAUUUGCAGUAGUGAGUGUUGCUGGAUAAGGUCAGUUAAUCCAGAAGAAAGUAGAAAGUCCUAAUAAAUCCAGAAGAGAGAAAACAGUAAAACACACACUUUGGAUGUGUUUCAUCCCAGUUCUGCAACAGUUUUGCAGCAGCAA